AUCUUCUUCAACUCUAUGUCUUCACAAGGAGACUGCGCGCGAAACCCGCUCAAUCAAAGCUAAGAUGCGCACCCACCAAAGCUACGAAGCUAAAAUGCGCCUUUUCCUUCAUAUAUGUACUCUGUAUAUUGUUUCUUCCAUUGUCUGUUUGUCUGUGUUGCUUCCUUUCUAGUACUUUGCGUUUUCAAGUCACAGACGCAGGCUUGUCUUGUCUCUGUUGAGUGUCCUGAAAUAAUUGUUAGGCAAAGAGGAGAGAAAGGGAGAGAAAAUUCAAGAAACCCAAGGAAAAAAAAAGUGGAGAUGGAGGAGGAAGAACAGUAUAAGAAUGGAGUGUUGGGUGGUGGGUUAGGUGUCAAAGUGAUGACCGAUGAGCAAAUGGAGAUGCUGAGGAAACAGAUCUCUGUUUAUGCUACCAUCUGCGAGAGUCUUGUUCAGCUUCACAAGACCAUCUCCGCUCAACAAGAUUUUGCUGGGAUGCGAUCGGCCAAUCUUUACAGUGACCCAUUUUUAUCAUAUGCCUUCCACAAGGUUCCUUCCAGGCAGAGAUGGGCACCCAAGCCAGCGCAGCUUGAAAUCCUUGAGAGUAUGUUUGAGCAAAGCAAUACAACUCCAGACAGGCAGAGAAUCAGAGAAAUUACUAUUCAACUGGCUGAGCAUGGUCCAAUUUCUGAAACAAAUGUCUAUAAUUGGUUCCAGAACAGAAGAGCUCGUUCCAAAAGAAAACAAGCAGCUCUACCCCCAAUACCUAAUCAUCAUGACUCAGCUAAAGACAAGGAGACCAAACCUGAUGAAACCCAAGUGGAUGAAAACUUAGCAAUAAUGCUCAAUCAUAUGUACUUCCAGAGUCCUGACAUAGGAGGGAUUGAUCAGUUGAUUGGCCAUACUGAAUACCCAUUGAGCUACAGUUCUUGCUUGCAGGUGGAGCAACAUGAUUUGAGUGGAUGAUGGUUGAUGAAGAUUGUAGGGAAAACAAUUAUAUGACCAAAGAUUAACAUAUACUAGAAGAGUUUCUUAUAUAGAAGAGACAUGUUUAUUAUGUUGGUAGGCUUCUUAGGCCUUGGAUCUAUUGAUUCUGGCAUGUAAGAUCCUUAAUCUUGACAGCCUAAUUCUAAUUGAAAUCUCUUGCUUACAAAUUUUCUUUCA